AUGAGGGCCAACAGCACCGCAGACCUCUCCAACGGCACCUGGCCCGCUCCGGAAGGAGAGCCGGACUACAAUUUCACCGCCUUGGUUCUGGGCGUCGUCUUGAUCCUCUUUAUCCUCAGCGGGAACGUGCUGGUGUGCCUCAGCGUCUGCACAGAGAAAGCUCUAAAGACCACCACCAACUACUUCAUCGUCAGCUUAGCCGUGGCGGACCUGCUCUUGGCCGUCCUGGUGUUGCCUCUCUAUGUCUAUUCCGAGUUCCAGGGAGGUGUGUGGUCGUUGAGCACAGUCCUGUGUGAUGCCUUGAUGACAAUGGAUGUGAUGCUGUGCACAGCCUCCAUUUUCAAUCUCUGUGCAAUCAGCGUGGAUCGGUUCAUUGCUGUCUCCAUUCCACUGAACUACAACCGGCGGCAGAUUGACCUGCGGCAGACGAUCCUGAUCUCCACCACCUGGAUCUUUGCUUUUGCUGUGGCUUCUCCGGUCAUCUUUGGACUCAACAAUGUUCCCAAUCGGGACCCUACUUUGUGUCAGUUGGAAGAUAACAACUAUGUUGUGUAUUCCUCCAUCUGUUCCUUCUUCAUUCCUUGCCCUGUCAUGCUGGUCCUCUACUGCGCCAUGUUCCAGGGACUCAGGCGCUGGGAAGAAGCCCGCAAGGCCAAGCUGAAGAGCAGCAUUUACUUGGGCAACAGAAAGCUGUAUUAUCCCCCUCCUGUCAUUGAAAGGAACCAGGCUGAGAUUAAGUUGGAGGAACAUAACCUGUAUGCUCACUCUGAGUGUGCUUUUCCCAGGGAUUAUGUGAAUAAUGGCAUUCAUACUGUCUCCUACCCAAACUUCAGAUUUCCACCACAUACCGAACUCAAAAGGAAGCGAGCUAAAAUCAAUGGCAGGGAAAGGAAGGCCAUGAAGGUGCUGCCAGUUGUGGUUGGAGCUUUUCUCUUCUGCUGGACUCCUUUCUUCGUGGUUCACAUUACCAGAGCUCUUUGUGAGUCUUGCAUCAUCCCUGGUGAGGUCACGAGUGUUGUCACAUGGCUGGGCUACGUCAACAGUGCCCUCAACCCAAUCAUCUACACUGUCUUCAACACUGAGUUUAGGAACUUCUUCCGUAAAGUUUUGCACAUCUUCUGCUAA